CUUGGAUUGGGAUGUGAAACUGCGAAGUUGGGAAGAUCUUCCCAAAAAAUUGCGAAUUUUCAACAUUUUGUACAUGUAUUGAACAAGUUCACAUGUUUUAAAUGCAAGUGAUAGGUAGUGCAAACGUGUUCUUCGAAGUGAUAAUAUGAAUAUUAAGAGAAUAGUCUAUGAAAAUUGUAACAAAAAUUGUUUUUUUGAAUGAUAAGUGCUCCUCACAAUACCCAGUUAUGAUCUAGAUUACUUGAAAAUAGGUAUUUGGGACGCAAUAAGCUAAUGAGCCAGUACUUAAGUUUAAAAUGAUACCUGACGGAAUUUUAAGGUAUUUAAAGGAUCAAAUUGAUAUUGACUAUUCAUUAUGGAUAACAUGGUGCUUAUUCCCCCUUCUUAUUACAUUUUUGCUUCCACUAUUCAUAGUCUUCUUGUUGUAUAUGACAGCAUGUAUAUUGUAUUUGAAGAGGAGGCAUUGGGAGAAAAUAAAGGCAACUUUACAAGUUGGGGAUAAGUGGGAGGCAGCAAGAAAGUCUGUUGGUGCUAUUUGGGAUACCCACGGUUUUAUAUGGCAUGGUUACGAAAUUGAAGGAAUAGAAAACCUGCCUGCAAAUGGUGCAGCACUGAUCAUAUAUUACCAUGGAGCAAUUCCUAUAGAUCUAUAUUACCUCCUAGCUAAAGUUUUGCUGAUAAAAGACAGAUUGAUACACACAGUUGCUGAUCAUUUUUUAUUUAAAAUACCAGGUUUCAGUAUUAUAGCAGAAUGUAUGAAAGUGAUUCCAGGCACAGUACAAAGCUGUUCAAAUAUUUUAAAAGAGGGAAAUCUAUUGGCCAUUUCACCUGGAGGUGUAUAUGAGGCACAGUUUAGUCAUCAUUACACCUUAAUGUGGAAAAAGAGAUUGGGAUUUGCCAAAGUCGCAUUGGACGCGAAAGUUGUGAGUACCACACUUCCUAGUACUGAGUCAUAGAGGCAGACAAAAAACUGGACUUUUUUAGAUUGGAUAAAAUAAUUUAGAGAAAAUAUCUCAUAUAAUUCUAAUGGCGGAAACAUUCUAAAAGAAAUAACUACAUGAUCAAUUGUUUUAACAAAUGUAUGUAACCUCAAGUCAACUUGUAAAUAUUUUUAGCCAGUUAUUCCAAUGUUCACAGAGAACGUUAGAGAAGCAUUUAGGACAAUGAGUAUAGGACGAAGAUUGUUUUUGAAAUUGUAUGCGAGAUUCAAAUUUCCGUUUGCUCCAUUAUAUGGCGGAUUUCCUGUCAAAAUGGUAACACAUCUUGGUAAACCUAUACCUUAUGAUCCAGGAAUUACACCUGAACAGCUACAAGCUAAGGUGGCAUCAGCAAUUGAAGAUCUCAUCAGUAAACAUCAACGAAGGCCGGGAAAUAUAUUUUAUGCUCUACUAGAAAGGAUACCAAACUUUAGGAAAAAGCAUUUAUAGAGAAAAUAAUGAUACGAAAAUUAGGCUGAGGAAUUCUUUGUAUUGUAACAGUGAUAAUAUUAUGAUGUACAUUUUUCUUCAUGUCAAGAUCUUCCUUAUACGAGUUUUGUGUAACCUGAAAAAAUGUGAACAUGACGUACUUUUUUUGUUAAUAUACAAUUUUAUUUAUAUUU